GUGGGGGAAGGGUGAGACUCAUGACCCCAGGUGCCCUGGGAUGGAGCUGGGGUGGAGAGUAAUCUGUUGAGAGUUGACUCGCAUUCCGAGACAUUAGAACCUAAGAAAUGACUCCUGUAUCCAAUUGGCCUUCUGCAUCUGGCAAUUGAGCGAGGGUUGGGUUCUGGGGGACCCUGGAUGUGUUCCCCCAAAUAGUUAUCAAUUCAAUUCAGAUAAUGGUAGGGGAGGGGUUUGGAGUGGGUGUUCCCAAGACUGGGGUCUAAGCGAGGUUUUGAAUGGAGGAAUUAGAGCACUUUUUGGAAGAGGAGUGAACCCAGGCCUUUUUGUUGUUGUUAUUGAGGGAAUGGGGAAGCAUGAUAUUCCUGUGGCUCAGAAGGAAAGGCAGGGCCAUGGGUGACACCUCUUGGUUCGUUUUUUGGAAGCUUUCACCUCUUCAUAGAAUGAUUAAGAGGAAAUUCCGAGAGGUGCCCUCACUUUCUGUGACCCCCAGGAGUCUAGGGAUUUAGUUCACAAACCUUCAUUGCUUUCAUGGUUCCUUAACAGAUACAAAGGCUCUUUAGUGCUCCACCACAUAAGCUGUUCCCAGGCCUAUAGGGAGAUAUUUUGGGUCUGGAGAAGGGUCAGAGGUAUCCCUACCCUGUCAUUUCCGUCACCUGCUUGUCAACCGUUCCCCACCCCACCCCCAUCCCCACUUUCCUUUUAGAAGUAGAUUUCUCUUUGUCUUUCUUCCAAUUUUCCCCUCACUAUCCCUACCUCUCCCAGUCUCCCAAACACACCAGACUCACAGUUUGACUCCUCAUUUAUUGUAUUAUAGAAAACAUGAGUGGGUAGGGAGAGGGGCUCUUGGCUUGGUUGGUGGGUGUUCUAGGGGCCCGUGGGGAUGAAAGACAAUGGUCUGAACACCUCACUGGGCGACAGGUUGUGUUUUGGGGUUGAUGAAGUUGCUUAAGAAGUUAAACAGAUCAGUUCCGACCUUCUUAAUCUGGGGUAGCAGAUGCUCUUCCGCCUUCUCAAGGUAAGUCCUGGAUAUGUAAGGGACUAGAGAUCAGUGUGAGGGACCCUAGGCACUGGCAGGGGCUUGUUGGGGGGAGGUAGAGCAGACUGGCCAGGUCCCCAAACACUAGUGCUCUAAUGCCUGGCAGAUCCUGGCAUGGCAAAGCCCUAGGAGGAGAGCAAAGCCUUCUCCACAAGGCAGAGGAACCGACAACAGGGAUUCAAAUUCAAGGCCCAAUUCUUGUUGCCCCUAUCUGUCCUGGAGGCCCGUGGGAUCCAUGGGGUGUUGAAGGAAUUCUUCUCUCCAAUUUAAGUUUAAUCCUCUCUAAACCCCACCCUUAAGCUCAGUCCUCCCCAGUAACUUCCAUCUUCUCCUUCUCUCCACAGCCCCACAGCCCCUGAACCCCCUUCCCUGACACUCACUGGGCCUGGGUCUGAAGCUCCGGGGCCUUGACCUUUUCCAUCAGGUCCUUGAAGUAGUCAGUCACGGUCUGGAAGUACUGGGACAACACCGCCUGCAGACUUGGUUCCUCUGUCUGUCUCCGAACCAAGGCCCCUGCACAUACGCAUGCGUCCACACACAUUCAUCUCAGCUGGAUCCCUAGCAAUGAGUCCUGGCCUCCUGCCACACCCUUUGCCAGUAUCUAGCCCCAGCCCUCUGCUCCCUCUCCAAAGAGGUGUCUAGCUCCAGGUCGUUGGAUUAGAGAGGGCAUGAUCUUCCUUUUGAGUCCUCUGCUUGCCAGACCUGGCCAUAGGAGCACAGAUAGAUUGGAAGCUGGGACCCCCAACCCCUUCUCCUUUGGGGACACCCCUCUCCAUAUCACACUCACCCUCAAGGCUGCAGACGGUGAGGAACAGCACAGCCAGUGCGAGCAGCUUCAUGGUGAUAACCGUGGAGAAGGUGAUCUGGGAACGGGGGGAGGGGCACUGAAGUCGAAUGAGCUUUAGCCUGUCCCCAGGGAUCUCCCUGCCUAGGCUCCCACUCCAACCUGAUUCCCUCCCUCUCCACAACGCAAGCCCAGUCAACUUUGGAUGCUGCCCCCACCUCCUGCCCCCUUACCCUACUGAGUCAGCGUCUGUCCUUGGCGUUUGUGCCUGGCCUGACUGGGGAGGUAGGGGAUAUUUAUCUGUCUGCCUCCCCACCCCCUGUCAGGUGACAGGGAUUGUGAAAGGGCCCAGUGGGGCAGGGGCCAUGUUGGGGAACCGGGAGGAGUAUAAGCACAUGGCGAUUCAUGGUGAUGAGGUGGAAGGCAGGGUGCAGGCCUUAAUAGAGGCUUUGAGAGCCAUUCUUUUGGGGCCCGGGGCUAGCCAUCCUUGGAUUUGAAUACAGCAAGAAGCAGGACUCUUAGUUCUUUCUCUGGAAAGCCCUGACAUAUCAAAUCCUUAACCCUUGGUAUCUUUAUCCCAUUAUGGGUAGAUUUCAUCUCCCCCUUCAAUGAAACUUGGCAGAGCAGUAUUGGGGAACAAGAGAAAGGAGAAGGAUGUUGAAAUCCGGGGCAGAAAUGAGGGGAAUGGGACUUAGGGGAAUGAGGGUUAGGGUCAGAGGGCAGGUGUGAUUGACUUUGUCCCCUUUCUGAGUUAAUGUUUAAUGAGACAGAGGGAGAAAACAUAAGAGGCCAGAAUGACCCUCCUGGGUACUGAUCAAUGAGCACACCCUACCCCCCAAUAAACCAAAUCCAGAAGGCAGCCCCUGACCUCUCCCUCCCAACUGGAUGGCUCUGGGAAGAAAAGAAGUGAAUGAGAGGCUUCUGUCAGGAUAAAGGUUGAAGGUCCCUGAUCAUUUGAUCACCUUAUCGGUUCUAGGUCGUGGUCAGCCAAUACUGAGUCAGCAAGGGCAAUAGCUUCCCUCCAGCCAAGGCCCUGGCUUUUGUCCCUGCCUGAUUGUGAGGGAUGGCAGAGGCACAUCCCCCAGGCCCAAGGCAUUUGGGCAAAAUCAGCUAAACAGAUUUCAGAAGAAUUUGUAUCUUUUACCCGUUUGCCCCCAAAGCUGAAUCCCUGUGGAUUACAUGGAACAUUCCUGAGAGAUGGGGGGUGGAGGUGUGGGGGCUCAUGAGAGAGGUCAUGACCAUGAAAUCCUCCUCCAUCCUCAGUUAUUCCCCCAUGGAGUGCUUAGGGCUUGAGGAUCACCCACUGACUUGCUCCUGGGGUGGAGCGUAUUUGGGGGCCCAAGUUUAGAUUCCUGGAUUUCAUUUGCCUACUCUGUCUAGGGACAUGUCAGGGAAGGAAGGGCUGACUACAGGGAGCAGCUAUUUCAGGUAACACUGCUAGAACUAUUGCUGCAGGUGCAGCUCCUCUACCUCAAAUUCUGACAUCCAUUCCACCCAGGAAGCAAGAUGGCAAACUGAAAAGAUAUACACUUCCAGGAGAGAGGUGUGUGCCCAUGUUGCAGGCAAAGCUGGGCUUAUGAGUGGUACCUGUUUGUAAGUGUACUGUGUACCAUGGUGUACGGUGGAGAGUUUCCCCAGGUACGGUGAGGAGAAUUCUCCAGGGGCUCUCUAUGGGGGGUGGGGAGAGGGAGCGGUACGAACCUGGGUUCGAAAGACGUCUUUAACAAUCGUUCCCUCUACCACCCUUCACAAGACGCAAGUUUCCAGUCUGCACAGUUUAUUUUCUCAAGGGUGAGGAAGCUUCAGUGGCCCAAGCUACAGGAUGCUCCCUCUAGUGUCUCAUGCUUACCGGUUUUUCCCGAUCUUGGAGAGGCUGGGCGAUUUCAGGCCUUCUACUAGAACAAGUCUAAGGGACCACCAAUCAAGUCCCGCCGGGCUCUGCAGCGCGCGGGUUGGAGCGCUCCGGAACUGAGAUCUGCCACUCCCUUACUUCCUCCUCUCCCACUGACCCUUUGGAGAGCGAGGAGGCUUCCCCCCUCACCCCCUCACCCCCUCAUCCCCACCCCCACCGAUUGGGCGGGGUUUAUCGAGGAGUGGGAGGUGAGCUGGGUCUUCGAGAUCUGUUUUUUGCCCGGUUCCAAGAUGGCGUCCACAGCCACGGUGGGAAUGCAAUCUGAAGCCGUAGGUCUGCCAUCACUCAAGAUGGUCGCCCCCUUCAAGAUGACCGGGCUGUGCCGGGGGGAAAAGGGGGCAGCCUGAUGGUCUGAGACGGUCUAGCGUCGGACCAUGUGGAAGUUUCUGGGACUGACUGAGAUGGGGAAUACGUUAGGCCUGGCACCCAUGGGGGCUGCGCUCCGCCGCAGCCCCCGCCGAGAAGAACCUCUGCCCAACCCUGGGAGCUUCGAUGAGCUGCACCGGCUAUGCAAAGAUGUAUUCCCUGCACAGAUGGAGGGAGUGAAGCUCGUUGUUAACAAGGUUCUGAGCAGCCAUUUCCAGGUGGCUCACACCGUGCACAUGAGUGCCCUGGGCUUGCCGGGCUAUCACCUCCAUGCGGCCUAUGCUGGGGACUGGCAGCUUAGCCCUACUGAGGUGUUCCCCACUGUGGUAGGGGAUAUGGACAGCAGUGGUAGCCUCAACGCCCAGAUUUUGCUCCUCUUGGCAGAUCAACUCCGAGCCAAGGCUGUUUUCCAGACGCAGCAGGCCAAAUUCCUGACAUGGCAGUUUGAUGGUGAAUAUCGGGGUGACGACUACACAGCCACUCUGACCUUAGGAAAUCCUGACCUGAUUGGGGAAUCGGUGAUCAUGGUCGCUCACUUCCUGCAGAGUCUCACCCAUCGGCUGGUGCUAGGGGGAGAGCUAGUUUAUCACCGGCGGCCAGGCGAAGAGGGUGCCAUCCUGACACUGGCCGGGAAGUACUCGGCUGUUCACUGGGUAGCUACAUUGAAUGUGGGGUCAGGUGGGGCCCAUGCAAGUUAUUACCACAAGGCGAAUGAACAGGUUCAGGUUGGAGUGGAGUUUGAGGCAAACACAAGGCUACAGGACACAACCUUCUCCUUUGGUUACCACCUCACUCUGCCCCAGGCCAACAUGGUGUUUAGAGGCUUGGUAGAUAGCAACUGGUGUGUGGGUGCUGUGCUGGAGAAGAAGAUGCCUCCCCUGCCUGUCACCCUAGCCCUUGGAGCCUUCCUCAAUCACUGGCGCAACAGAUUCCAUUGUGGCUUCAGUAUCACUGUGGGCUGAGGUUGUCCCAGAGCGCCCACAGCAGCUGGUACCUCUGAGCCAGGCGCCCUAGGGCCAGAGACUAGGCCUCUCUCCAGAGCCUUCCUUGCUGAGUGACCUCUAGGUCCCAGGAGCAGAGAGGGGAACAGGACCAUGUCCUUCUCAGAACUGGAGCUACCACAGGGCAGCUGAUGAGGCAGUGGUUUGGGGCUCCCACCUCCGCCACCAGUCCCACCAUCAUCCUCCCCAUGUUCUUGGGGCUCUGGACUAAGGGAGAAGGAUUAAGGGGUAUAUCUGGCUGAUUUUACCCCCUCAUUUCCUUCUUUCUUUCCCUUUGGGUUAAAGCUCCUAGCCUCUUCCUCUUCGGAGCAGAAAGGUCUGCACAGGAUUAGCUCCCCAUCCUGUUUUCCAGCCAGAGCAUUCCAAAGUUGGGAAAGAAAUGCUGAAGGGCUAAAUUUUUGGCCUCAGAAAUUGGGGCCCACCCAUUCCCAGAAGGAGUUUCUUUACCUCUUGGCCCUGAGGCUACCUCUUUCCCCAUCUACCACACUUCCAGAGAACAUGUCCGUAUGGUCAUUCAUCCCCCCACCCCAUGACUGCAUGAAGAGGCAGUUAUUGCUUUAGUCUUUCAUUGCAACCACUGGGCUCCCUUUUUACUGGUCCAAGCCUCUGGUCCCAGCAUUUUCCCCUUUACAGGCCAGUGUGUCCCAGGUGGGCUGGAAAAGGAGGCGAGCCAGGGCCUCAGCUGCAGAUCUCUUGGAGCAGAGGCAUCAUGGCGGACAGCCCCUGGAUGUGCUGGAUUUGGUACCAGUAUGCGUUGUUAAUGCUCCGGAGCUCAGCCAACAGGCUCAGCAGCUUGGCAUAUAGAAACCUUUGGAGGAAGCAGUGGAGUCCCCAGGGAAAGAGCAGAAAAAUAAGUCAGCUGGUAGUCUUGUUCUGAGGCCCCAGCGCCCUGAACUGCCCCCCUCAGAGAAGCAAGCUCUGAAUGCUAGGGAAAAUCAUGUUCUGGAUGAUAAAUUGAUCAAAGGUUCCAAAGGUCCCAAAGGACUGUCUUCUCUUGCCAUGCCCAUUUCCACCCGAAUCCAGAGCUCCCAGGGCCAAGUGUGAAGAAAGCCCCAGACUUGGCCAGAACUUCAACUGUGUGGAAUCUGAGGGUCUGAGCUCCUAGAGCAGGUUCUAGAAGGUGGGUGUCUUCUAUGGGAUAAAGAAUCCCUCUCCUGGCCAAACUGGCUCAUUGAGGAAUAAGCCAGAACAGAAGUGGAAUGCACCUCGAGCCUGGAUAGAUCAUGGACUCUUGAGCCAGGACUGUGAAACUGUGAAUGACCAUAACUUCAAGGGGAAUGAAAAAUUAAAGGAAUUGGCCCAAUGGAGAGGCGGGGAAGGGCUAAGGAAAGGGAGUGAAUAAGACUCUUGAAAGUCGGGAGAGGUUGGAUUGGCAAGGUAGUGGAUGUCAUCAAUCUCAGGAAUGCUACCAUUCAGGGCCUGUGAGCUACUACUUUGCAUCUCUACUGAAUAAAAAAAAUCUGGAAAAAGUGAAGUGAAA